GGAACUCUGGAGCCAGACUAUCUAUGUGAAGGCACAAGAUGCUGUUAUUUACAAGAGUGAACUGAGCAUCAGUCAGACAAAGUCUAUGUUUGCAGAAAUACAGAUCCAAGACAAAGACAGGAUGGGCACUGCUGGAAAAGUUAUUAAAUGCAAAGCAGCUGUGCUUUGGGAGCAGAAGCAACCCUUUUCCAUUGAGGAAAUAGAAGUUGCCCCACCAAAGACUAAAGAAGUUCGCAUUAAGAUUUUGGCCACAGGAAUCUGUCGCACAGAUGACCAUGUGAUAAAAGGAACAAUGGUGUCCAAGUUUCCAGUGAUUGUGGGACAUGAGGCAACUGGGAUUGUAGAGAGCAUUGGAGAAGGAGUGACUACAGUGAAACCAGGUGACAAAGUCAUCCCUCUCUUUCUGCCACAAUGUAGAGAAUGCAAUGCUUGUCGCAACCCAGAUGGCAACCUUUGCAUUAGGAGCGAUAUUACUGGUCGUGGAGUACUGGCUGAUGGCACCACCAGAUUUACAUGCAAGGGCAAACCAGUCCAUCACUUCAUGAACACCAGUACAUUUACUGAGUACACAGUGGUGGAUGAAUCUUCUGUUGCUAAGAUUGAUGAUGCAGCUCCUCCUGAGAAAGUCUGUUUAAUUGGCUGUGGGUUUUCCACUGGAUAUGGGGCUGCUGUUAAAACUGGCAAGGUCAAACCUGGUUCCACUUGCGUCGUCUUUGGCCUGGGAGGAGUUGGCCUGUCAGUCGUCAUGGGCUGUAAGUCAGCUGGUGCAUCUAGGAUCAUUGGGAUUGACCUCAACAAAGACAAAUUUGAGAAGGCCAUGGCUGUAGGUGCCACUGAGUGUAUCAGCCCCAACGACUCUACCAAACCCAUCAGUGAGGUGCUGUCAGAAAUGACAGGCAACAAUGUGGGGUACACCUUUGAAGUUAUUGGGCAUCUUGAAACCAUGAUUGAUGCCCUGGCAUCCUGCCACAUGAACUAUGGGACCAGCGUGGUAGUAGGAGCUCCUCCGUCAGCCAAGAUGCUCACCUAUGACCCGAUGUUGCUCUUCACUGGACGCACGUGGAAGGGAUGUGUCUUUGGAGGUUUGAAAAGCAGAGAUGAUGUCCCAAAACUAGUGACUGAGUUCCUGGCAAAGAAAUUUGACCUGGACCAGUUGAUAACUCAUGUUUUACCAUUUAAAAAAAUCAGUGAAGGAUUUGAGCUGCUCAAUUCAGGACAAAGCAUUCGAACUGUCCUGAUGUUUUGAGAUCCAAAGUGGCAGGAGGUCUGCGUUGUCAUGGUGAACUGGAGUUUCUCUUUUGACAGUUCCCUUAUCUGAAAUCAAGUGUCUGUCUCACAAAUACAAGCAUAAGUAGAAGAUUUGUUGAAGACAUAGAACCCUUAUAAAAGAUUAUUAACCUUUAUAAACAUUUAAAGCCUUGUGAGCACCUGGGAAUUAGUAAAAUAACAAUGUUAAUAUUUUUGAUUUACAUUUUGUAAGGCUAUAAUUGUAUCUUUUAAAAAAAAUACACUUGGAUUUCUAUGUUGAAAUGGAGAUUUUUUAAGAGUUUUAACCAGCUGCUGCAGAUAUAUUUCUCAAAACAGAUAUAGCAUAUAAAGAUAUAGUAAAUGCAUCUCCUAGAGUAAUAUUCACUUAAAACAUUGAAACUAUUAUUUUUUAAAUUUGAAUAUAAAUGUAUUUUUUUUUUUUUUUGAGACAGAGUCUCACUUUGUUGCCCAGGCUGGAAUGCAGUGAUGCAAUCUCGGCUCACUGCAAGCUCCGCCUCCCGGAUUUACGCCAUCCUCGCCUCAGCCUCCGGAGUAGCUGGGACUACAGGCACCCGCCACCACACCCGGCUAAUUUUUUGUAUUUUUAGUAGAGACAGGGUUUCAUCAUGUUGGCCAGGCUGGUCUCGAACUCCUGACCUCAAGUGAUCCACUUGCCUCAGCCUCCCAAAGUGCUGGGAUUACAGGUGUGAGCCACUGCGUCAGGCCAUAUAAAUGUAUUUUUUAAACACUUGUUAUGAGUUGACGUGGAUUACAUUUUGAAAUCAGUUCAUUCCAUGAUACAUAUUACUGGAUUAGAUUAAGAAAGACAGAAAAGAUUAAGGGACGGCACAUUUUUCAACGAUUAAGAAUCAUCAUUACAUAACUUGGUGAAACUGAAAAAGUAUAUCAUAUGGGUACACAAGCCUAUUUGCCAGCAUAUAUUAAUAUUUUAGAAAAUAUUCCUUUUUGUAAUACUGAAUAUAAACAUAGAGCUAGAAUCACAUUAUCAUAUUUAUCAUAAUGUUCAAUUUGAUACAGUAGAAUUGCAAGUCCCUAAGUCCCUAUUCACUGUGCUUAGUAGUGACUCCAUUUAAUAAAAAGUGUUUCUAGUUUUUAACAACUACACUGAUGUAUCUAUAUAUAUCUAUAACGUUAAAAAUUCUUAAGAAAAUUAAAAAUU